UCAGAUUGCACUCCGAAGCCCCUGUUAGCAGGUGGAAGUCAUGCUGCAAUCCAGGUUGAUAUAUCUCGCAAGAUUCAAGAAGAUCCUCUGCUACAGAUUCGAAGGAAGCAGGAAGAAACACGUCGUCGUAUUCUUGAACAUCCAGUCCUGCUCCAGCAACUUCGAGAAAAAUGUGCAAGUGGCCAGGAAGGUAAAGGUGAGAAAAAAUCCCUUAAAAAGAAGAAGGAGAAGCAUAAGAAAAAGAAGAAGAAAAAGAAGCGGAAGAAAGGAUCUUCAAGUUCCAGCGACUCCUCGAGUGACAGUGACGAUGAUUUAGACUUGAAGCUCAAACAACGUCUAUCUGGUUUGAGCAAGGAUGAUCUGAUGAAACUAGUCAAAGGAGGUGGCAAUGAUGCCAUCCCACAGAAAGGAGCACAGGCAUCUUCAUCUUCGUCUCAUCGACAAACGGAGCCUCACCAUGAUCAGAGAGAAAGGAGGCCCACAAAGGAUGAGAGCGAGACCAGGAGGCCUAAGCAAAGGAGCCGAAGUCCACUCGACAGGAGGAGCCCACCAAAACGGAGAAGCCGUAGCCCGGGGAGAUGGAAGGGAAGCUCUGAAAGUUCCCCCAGUAGGCCAGGAAGGGCUGCAGAGAGAUCCAAAGGAAGUUACCCCCAACGAGAUGAUAGACGGAGUCAGAGUCCGAGGAGACCGAGGGACUGGAACUCUAAGGGAAAAGCUCCUAAUCCUCAGGAUGGAAGGGCAGGCCCUGGACUCCCCAAAAAGAAGCUGACUGCUGAAGAAAUUGAGAAGAAGAGGCUGGAGAUGUUGGAGAAUGCCAAGUGGAGAGAGGAGCAGCGGGCAAAGAACCUGAAGAAAUACCGAGAAGAGGAGCACAAGGAGGCAGAGGAGAUGAAACGCAGGGACGAUUCCUUCAUCCGAAAGGAACUGUCGACUGCUGCUGCCAAGGAGACCCUGGAGGGAAGGAUUCGAAGCAACAUCUACAACAUUCAGAGAGGACGUGAUCAUAUGGACAAGAAUUUUGCUCGAAAAUGA